AUGGCGUGGAAUCAGGCCCCAGUAACUGUCACCACGCUUCCCAACGGCGUCCGUGUGGCAACAAAGGAGACCUUUGCUGAGACGGCCUCCGUGGGUGUCUAUCUGGAUGCUGGUGUCCGAGAUGAGACGAAAGAGACAAGAGGUGCCACCUACCUGUUGGAACAACUCUCGCUCACUGGCACAACGAAGAGGCCAAUGGCUAAACUUGAAGCAGAGAUUGAGUCAUUGGGGGCGACCCUGGACCUGAGCUAUGGUCGCGAGCAUUCCGCCUUCAACAUGACCAUGUUCAAAGGCGACCUCGCGCAGGGUGUCGACAUUCUGGCAGAUAUGGUCACUGCUCCUGCGCUUGGCAACUUGGCCAAAGAGAAGCAGGGCAUCUUGCGCAAGCUUGAGGAUGUUGAGCAGCCAACCCGCCAAGUUAUUGAUGACAGGCUUCACGCAUGUGCCUUCCGGGACUACUCCCUGGGCUUUUCUACGGUGGGGCCAUUUGAGGGCAUUGAGACCCUGACUCAGGACCACUUGAAGAAGUACCAUGAGACCAACUUCACAGCUGAUAAGAUGGUAAUUGCGUCUUCCGGAGCUGUGAAGCAUGAAGAGCUUGUGAAGCUGGCCGAAAAGGCCUUCGGUGGUGUCAAGGCUGGCCCUCCUCGGGUCUAUACCACGAAGCCCUACUUCUGCGGUGCGCAGCUCCUCUACCGCAACGACGAGAUGGGUCCCCUGGCCUAUAUCUCCACAGGUUGGGAGGCCGUUCCCUGGAAGAGCCCGGAUGCUGUGACCUUCAUGGUGAUGCAGGCAAUCAUUGGCAGCUACAAGAAGAAUGCAGGGCUGGUGCCUGGCAGCAUCUCAGGCAACCGUGUCACAAACUCUGUGGCAAACAAGAUGGGCGUGGGUUGUGCUGAGGAGUAUGAAUGCUUCAUGCAUUUCUACAAGGACACUGGCAUGUUCGGUUGGUACAUUGUCUGCGAUGAGGUCGCUGUGGAACAUGCGGUCGGCGAACUUAUGUUCGGCUGCAACUUGCUUUCGUUCUCGGUGACCGAUGAGGAGGUGGAGCGUGCAAAGCGAGAACUCAAAGCCACCCUCGUCAACGGCUCUGGCAGCACCCGCGACAGCUGCAACCAGGUGGGCAAGGAGGUCUUGGCCUACGGUCGUGGGGUUCCCCCAGCAGAGAUGAUGCUCCGCAUCGAUGCAGUUGACGCAGAGGAGGUCAAGCGUGUGUCCUACAAGUACCUCAAUGACCAGGAGAUCUCUUGCACGGCGCUUGGGCCGCUCCACGGCAUGCCGGAGCUGUACAUCAUGCGCCAGGCCACCGCGCUCCUCGGCAACACUUUUGUGCAUGUUAUGCUGGCGUCUACAGUAGCAUGGGCUGAUGCAAAUGCCAAAGAAAGGGUGUCCAUUUUCCAUAGAAGUUGGAGAGAAGCAAGCAUCCGACAAGGCAAACUUUACUUGCAUGGAAACUGCUUAGCCUCAGCAAGCGCCAUAGUCGUUAUACUCUUCCUGUCUAUGUCAAAGAGAGGACCACCCACACUCAGGCAAACGAAUGACUACAGCACAUUGCAAAAAGCUAUGCAGGCCAAAAAGGGGCUUGCAACAAGGCGAGAUGCUCGUCCGCUCAAGAGCAAGGCAACGAUAUGA